AUGGAGCUCUUUACUUCUCCAACUUUCCAUCAUCAUGUUGAGAAUUUGAUGAAACAGAACCGAGUGCCAGGUCUUUCCAUUGCAAUUGUCCACGCUGAUGAUGUGAAAUCCAUGGCUUUUGGCUUGUCAUCGGUCCAAGAUCAAGCGCCAUGCACCGCCGACACUCUUUUCGAUAUUGCAUCCUCAUCCAAGUCGCUCACCGGAGGAGCUAUUGCGUUACUGGUCAAUGAUAAGACGUUUCCUCAAGUUCAAUAUGACGCGAUAAUGUCAGAGUUGCUGCCCGACGACUUUGUUUUGUCUGAGGAUUCGUACACAAAGAUUGUCACCGUAGAUGACCUUCUUGGUCAUCGAACUGGGAUGCCUGGUCACGAUGAUUCGUACAUGGGACUGCGAGCCGCAGAACCCGACAAUGCUAGGUCCAUCACCAGGAACUUACGCAAUCUGGCCUCCGCCACGCCUCCAGGAUUACGAUACAUAUACUGUAACAUGAUGUAUACUGUACUAACUCACCUUGUUGAAGUUCAGACCGGGCAAAGCUUCGGUAAAUUCUUACAGGAUCGCGUCUUUGAUCCCUUGGGCAUGAGCUCGAGUGAUCUCCAGCCGGAGAAUGCCAAAGCCAGAGGUCAUGGCUACCGCCUGGCAAAGGGUCAUAUCUGGGAUAAGAAAACCUCAACUUUUCGCGAGUUUGAGGCUGUCGAUUGCCCGGAGGGCCAGGGUGCUGGCUCAAUCAUCACAAGCGCAAAUGAUUUCAUCAAGUGGAUGAAGGCGCUACUCAAUCGCAAAGGUCCCAUCAAUGAAGAUGUUUACCAAGGUCUUAUCCGACCACGAUCUUCUCGUCCAGCCAAAAGUCGCCAGAAGAAGGCAGACACCGAUCGAAUGUUCUACACAGCUGGGAUGGAUUCCUAUUGGCAUGGGGAUCAUGCAGUAUUUGGGCAUAGCGGUGACAUCACGGGCUUUGGCAGUCGAUUUGUCUUUCUUCCAGAUUUGAAAUUCGGGGCUGUUGUCAUGGGAAACUCCUCUGGGACAAAUUCAGUUGCUGCUCAAUUGUUUCGAGAGCUGAUUGAGCAUGUUACUUCACCAGGUCACAAUCAGCUGUCCUCGGAACGCAGCAACUCCGAUAACCAGGGCCGAAUUCAGCACGAACCCGCCGUACAGGCUAAUACUGAACAGCAGGACAAGGGCAAAGGGAAGACUGACAGAGCUCGGAAAGUGAUUAAAGGAGCAGUGGGAGAAAAUGAGAAAGUGAGCAACAGGAACAAAUCACCUACGGAAACAACUAAGCGACAAGAUCUGGAUCUUGUCUCAUACACCGGCAACUAUUGGAACCCGGGUUAUCGGAACAUGAAGGUCGAGAUCAAAGGUGGCCAAUUAUUCAUCGAUGCGACAGACCGUUCCUUGGGGUUCACAUCCUACCUUGAAGAACGGAGAGAUGGCUUGCUGUUCGAUGCGCAUGUGCGAGACGCGUUUGACACUGGCGCAGAGAUUCUAAGAACCCAAUUCGUGAUUGACAAUGGAACGGUCUUAAGGAUGGGCAUGGAUCUGGAGCCGCUCGUCAACGAUCUUAUAUGGUUCGAUAGAGUGACAUAA